AUUUUGAAUAAUGGCGGAACAAAAUGCUGAUGGCAAGCCUUGGGCCGAGGUGCAGGAGAUAUGCAGCAAAGUGGAGGAAAUGUUCCACAACGACGCGCUUAAGGACGCAGCACGACUGCGUGCACUCGUGCAGAAGCGCAAGGACAUCGCCAAUACGCUCCAGAGUCGCCAGAGCACGGCGCAGCGGCAGCUUGCGCACCUGCGCGCGAACUUGAGCGAAUGGGAGGAGAAGGAGAAGAUGGCCAAGCAGCGCAACGAGCAGCUGAACAAGAAACUGCAGGAGCUGGAAGCUAUUAAGCGCGACAUGACUGUGCAGCUUGACCGCUUCCGCCUCAACGAACAGACAUCGAAAGAGUCUCUGGAAGUGCUGCUGGACAAGUACGAAGUGGCAAGGCAGGAGCUGCUGCAGUACAACGCUGAACACCAAAGCGAGAUCCCUGUGGCAAAGAACCAGAUGAGCCUAUACGCUUCAGUUACGGGCAUUCGAUGGGACUUCAGUGGUUCGCAAAUUGCUGGAGAUAUCCACGUACCAGCCAAGCAGCGGAUCGUUCGGUUCCAGAUCGACCCAGCAACAGACCAUUUUACUGCUGCCAAUGCGUUGUGGGACAAGAUCGACGAAGCCUUUGAUGACAUCGACAGUGACCUGUAGAUGACCAUGUUUGUUUUUUUAAUGCACCACAUCCAGCGCGCUGCGUCUUCUACGAACAAGGUUGGUGAUUACCUGCUGCUAACAAUCAGUCUACGUUGUCAUGAGGAGAUUGCACUUCUGAACCAGUGAAGACGACACAAUUGAUUUUUUUCUCUUAGCAGAAUAGAGAUUCCUUAAUGAUCCCUAUUCAGUUUAGAGAUAACUCGCCCAGGUUUUUAGCAACCGCUACCGCCAGCAAUACGCAGACACGACGUCGAGUCCCAGAGCGACAGCAGGUGAGUCAUGAUAGCCCAGGCCACAGAGAAGAGGAAGAUAACCACGGAGGCCGUACCGAUCAGCUUGCUCGUGUUGCCGUUCUGCUUCAUUGCUUGCGCCUCGUGCUUCUGGCGAGGCAACAAGAAAGCGAACACGACAACCGCGAUGUUAAACAAGUACGCGAUGAGGUAGGCGUACGUGAGGUCCAUGUGAACAGCGUGAUCGUCUCUUUUAAGAGCUUUUUGCCCGAUCUCAAAGUAGCUGUCGACUGACUUGGUAAUGACUGUGCCGAAUGGCUGGGCAGCAGCAGUGAUCGAGCCGAGGAAACCCAUGGACGUAGCUUCACGCCCAGGCUCUGCGAUCUCCACCAUGGUGAUGGUUGUCGCGUAGUCGACGAACUCGCCCACAAAGUCUUCGAGAAGCGGGACACCGAGCCAGAACCACUGACUACGGAAAACGUUCCAGAUGGUAAAGUAGGUCGGGAAGGCAUCGACAAACACGGCGAAGAGCUGCGAGAAGAUAGCCAAGUACUGCCAAUUCCAUUGCAAUCCCCACUUUUUGAUUGAGAAGAUGCCUGCCACGAUCAGAACUUGGCUGAUACAAGCCGCGAUACCAUCGUUAAGCGGCGUGACUCCAGCAUAGAUGGACUGGAUGUUGCUGGAUGCCGUGACCGACACUGCAGCGAAGAUCUUGGUGAAGUAGCGGAAGAUGAAGAGGCGAUAGAAGGGUUCCUUCUGGAUGAUGCCGUAGAUCUCCUUGUAGAAGGUGCCAAUGGACUUGGUCUGCUCCACCUUCUCUUCGGUCACACAGAACCAGCAGAACGGGAUAGUGAUGAGUGUCGCGGCGGUACAGAUCCACAUGAUGCCGUUGAACCCGAUUGUCCAGGAGAAAGUGCCGCCGUAUUCAGUGCUGUUUAGACACAGACCAGUCAGGAAAGCCGUGACAAUCGCCAGAGCAUUGCGCACCAUGAAGACGUUCGUUUGGAGGCGACCGCGGAUGUGUUCAGGCUCGCGUUGAGAGAGCUCGAUGAAGAUGCCAUACGUCGGACCGUAGGCGAUGACAGCACCCAAGUUGGCAAGCAUGAAGAGGAAGAUGAACUUGUUGCCGCGGUGUGGAGCGUCAGUGUGCACUAGCGCCAGUUGUUCCGGAGUCAUGUCGGCGAGGUUGAUGUCUGCCAGCGAGGAGUCUUCGUAGUACGGAUCUCCAAGUGGGAUCACAGCCAUGAUGAAGCAAGCGAUGAAGGCAACACUCCAACCGAUGAUCAUGUACGGACGACGACGGUACCCGAAGAUAGGGUAAAUGUCCGAGAAAGCAGACAGGAAGACGCGCAGCACACGAGGAAUCUUCACCAAAGCCUUGGCCGUCGCGACCAGGAGACCGGACAUGUACAGGUAGUUGUUCAUGACAGCGUACAGGAUGCUCAGACUCAUGCCGUAGACGACGGUGACGCAGCAGAAACUGACCAAGACUCCGAUGUUGCGCAGCGACCAGAUAGACGGUGCGCCGCCAGAUCGUAAAGCCCCACUUUCGAUAUCACCAUUGGUGUCUUCCGGCGUUUUGAGGUCGAAAUACUGGUCAGGAGAUUUGAGCUUGUCGGCCGUCGCCGCUGUUGGAGUUGGGGCUUGAAAUGCCAUGCUUUGGCGUGUAGGAUGCAAAACCAAGAAUGAAAAUGGUUUGGACAUUAACCACAAUGGUCACCACCACGGAAUAUGGUGGUCUUCUCAAGGGUGAUCACUACUCGAUUGGUGAUACCUGCAUGCAGGUUGAGUGGAAAGCCUCGAGUCAAGUGUGUACAUGUAUCUUUUGAUGUCCACGUGCCUCGAACAAAUAAUGUGUAGGUGAUGCCGCACCAGACACAUUGACUCGUGAUCGUCGUGGUCAAGAUUUGAAUGCGUUGGUACGCGUGCCCCUGCACUGCAGGCAAGCGAGCCAUAUUGUUGGGUGACUUUCGGACCACUCGACCACUCGAUGAUGUAAUGAAGCUCACGUAUGAUUGCGGAUGUGAACUGAGGGCAUCUUGCUUGAGUUAAUUACAGUGUCCUUUAUCGCAGAUAAAUUUCAUUCAUCUUCGGUUUCUGAAGAA